CAGUUUUCAGUACCACUUUGUCCGUUCGCGAUUGCGUGCUCCGUAGGUCUACUCUCCGGCGGCUCAGUACCGUCUUCAUCAGCUGCUCGGAGCCCACUACUCCGUGCCCAGUGGUUGCCCCGCGAAGAACGUGCCAAGCAAGAGUGCCAAAGUGGGUGAAGAGUGGCUUUUAGCAACGAACGAGGUUUGACUUGACCCACCGUGAAACCCCAUCGUUUUCGGCUAUUGGCCCCGUGAUAAUCCCCAUUUAAAAUAACUCUUUUCGAAAAUCAACUUUGAGCAACCACGACUGCCCCGAGUGAUUCUGAUUGCCACCGAAGAGAACAGCGAGCAAACCACCACAGCUAUCCAACGACACCACCGAGCACGGCAAUCGCUGCCACAGCACAACCGCCCAGAAUUUACACCUGUCCCAGCUGCUACCUGAUAGCUGCUAGCUGCACCAACACCAACCACCACCCACCUCCACCCACUGGAUGGAUCUGAAGCACAGUGCCAGUGGAGCUGCCGAGAACAGCGAUACCUUCAUAGCCACCAGCAAGUCCACAGACAUGAUCACGCCCAAGGAAAAGGAGGGCAAGGCGGCCAAGGCAGCCGGAGCACAGAACGCCCCAGCCGAAGGCUACAAAGUCUACGCCCGACGCUGGGCGGUGCUCAUUCUCUUUGUGUUCUAUUCAUCCUCGAAUGCCAUGCAAUGGAUACAAUACACCAUCAUCAACAACAUAAUAACACGUUACUAUGGCAUCAGUGAUAAGUGGGUGGACUGGACGUCCAUGAUUUAUAUGAUCCUGUACAUACCACUCAUAUUCCCUGGCAGUUGGUUCUUGGAUAAAGUGGGUCUGCGCAUUACCGCCCUAGUUGGCAUUGUGGGCACAUGUGUGGGUGCCUGGAUCAAGGUCUUCUCGGUGGAUCCGUCGCUCUUCUAUGUGAGCUUCAUUGGCCAGUCGAUCGUUGCUUUGGCACAGGUGUGCAUCCUGUCGCUUCCUGCCCGUCUGGCUGCCGUUUGGUUCGGUCCCGACCAGGUAUCCUCGGCCACCAGCGUGGGAGUCUUUGGCAACCAGCUGGGCGUGGCUGUUGGCUUUGUGCUGCCACCCAUGCUGGUGCCGAAUUCGCCGGAUCUGGAGACGGUGGGCAGUGAUCUGCAGAUGAUGUUCUACUUGGUGGCUGGCCUCACCAGCAUCCUGCUCGUCCUCAUGGUGCUAUUUUUCCAGGACAAGCCGCCCACUCCACCAUCCGCCGCCCAGGAGGCAGCACAACUUUUGGAGAGUUCCGGAGAGGAGCAAGUCAGUUUCAUGCAGUCGCUGAAGAACCUGAUGACCAACCGAAACUUCAUCUUCCUGCUGCUCUCCUACGGCAUCAAUGUAGGCGUGUUCUACGCCAUUUCCACGCUCCUGAAUCCGGUGGUGCUGAAGUAUUAUCCUGGCCAUGAGGUGGACGCCGGACGUAUUGGCCUUAGUAUUGUGCUGGCCGGAAUGCUGGGCUCCGUGGUAUCGGGCAUUGUGCUGGAUAAGACGCACAAGUUCAAGGAAACGACGCUGGCGGUCUACGCGCUGUCCAUGGUGGGCAUGUGGAUCUUCACCUUCACCCUGGACACAGGACACAUCGCAGUGGUCUACCUAACGGCGUCGCUACUGGGCUUUUUCAUGACUGGCUACCUGCCGGUGGGCUUUGAGUUUGGGGCCGAACUGACGUUCCCAGAGCCGGAGGGCACCUCAUCCGGACUGCUGAACGCCUCCGCCCAGACCUUUGGCAUCUGCUUCACGCUCUUCUACUCGGAGCUGUUCACCACAUUCGGCGACAUAGCCGCCAACAUAACCAUGGCGGUGAUGCUGAUUGUAGGCACAAUUAUUACGGCCAUCACCCAGUCGGAUCUGCGGCGCCAGAACGCCCAGGUGCCCGCCAGUGGGGCUGCCAUCCCGUAGGGAACUCGCGGCGGCCCGGUGACUGUCUUUUAUGUAUAGUAUUCUACGCAUAUCGUUUUACCGUUUAAUUUAUUUAAUUGUUUACUGUACAUUCCGUUGUAGCCUUAAGUGUUGAAUUUUAAAAUGUUCAUUAAAGGUGCAUAGCAACACA